GGGUUUUUUGUCGCGGUUGAAGCUAAAUCCGUGCUUUGUCUCGACCGCGCCGAGCGCUUGAGCCCAGUUCGGUCCCAGGCCCUUUGUCCUAGCUUUCGUGGGUGGAAAGCAAGACCGCUCUUGGGCCAGCAUCUACCAGAGCUAUUGAUUGACAAUGGAAGACUAUAUCAAAAUAGAGAAAAUUGGAGAAGGCACAUAUGGAGUUGUGUAUAAGGGUAAACAUAAAACCACAGGUCAAGUGGUAGCCAUGAAGAAAAUCAGACUGGAAAGUGAAGAGGAAGGGGUUCCUAGUACUGCAAUUCGGGAAAUUUCUCUUUUAAAGGAACUUCGUCACCCAAAUAUAGUCAGUCUUCAAGAUGUGCUCAUGCAGGAUUCCAGGUUAUAUCUCAUCUUUGAAUACCUUUCCAUGGAUCUAAAGAAAUACUUGGACUCUAUCCCUCCUGGUCAAUUCAUGGAUUCUUCACUUGUUAAGAGCUAUUUGUACCAGAUCCUACAAGGGAUUGUGUUUUGUCACUCUAGAAGAGUUCUACACCGAGACUUAAAACCUCAGAAUCUAUUGAUUGAUGACAAAGGAACAAUUAAACUGGCUGAUUUUGGUCUUGCCAGAGCUUUUGGAAUACCUAUUAGAGUAUAUACACAUGAGGUAGUAACACUUUGGUAUAGAUCUCCAGAAGUAUUGCUCGGGUCAGCUCGCUAUUCGACUCCAGUUGAUAUUUGGAGUAUAGGCACAAUAUUUGCUGAAUUAGCAACUAAGAAACCACUUUUCCAUGGAGAUUCAGAAAUUGAUCAGCUCUUCAGAAUUUUCAGAGCUUUGGGUACCCCCAACAAUGAAGUGUGGCCAGAUGUGGAAUCUUUACAGGACUAUAAGAAUACAUUUCCCAAGUGGAAACCAGGAAGCCUAGCAUCCCAUGUCAAAAACUUGGAUGAAAAUGGCUUGGAUUUGCUCUCGAAAAUGUUAGUCUACGACCCUGCCAAACGAAUUUCUGGCAAAAUGGCACUGAAUCAUCCAUAUUUUAAUGAUUUGGAUAAUCAGAUUAAGAAGAUGUAGUUUUCUGGAAGUUUCCACAUGUUGUAUCAAGAACAGAUAGCUAUAUUUUACUGUCAACUCUAUUUUUGUCUUCUGUAUUUUUGUUUUCUUUGCUGUAAAACUUAAGCUGUACUUCAUCUCCUAACUUCAAAAGUUGUAACUUAAAAAUGUAAAUAUUGUUCUAUAUGAAUUUAAAUAUAUUCUGUAUAUGUGUGUAGAUCUCACUGUAACAACUAUUUGUUACUAUAAUAAAGCUAUAACCUCUAAUAUUGAUGUCAGAAAUUGGGAAAAUUUUGAGUUAGCUUAAAUCAUAAUCGAACGUUAAACAGCCCAGUUUUCUUGUAGUUGGAAUUUAGGACAGUGUGCUCCUUAAGUUCAGAGUUCAUAAUGCUUUGAAGUAUUUGUAUGCUCUGGAUGUUUAAGUUUCCCUGUCAGUUUCUUGCCAUGGAUUAAUUUCUACUGGCAUUUCAAUUUGUGAUUUAAAUAUUUAAGCAUUCAGAGUGAGAAAACUUCCCAGAUUUGAGAAAUAAUGCUGAAUUUAUACAGGCUUUUACUAACUUAUAAGAAUAGCCUUAGAGUAUGCCAAAAUUUGCUAAGUUUUAUUGUUAAAGAUCAAAGGCUGCCCAUACCAGGGAAGAACAGUUUAGAGAAUUUGUGAACUAUCCUACUUUUAGGUAGGUUAUGAAAGAUACUUAUCUAAGUGAAUUCUUAUGCCUUGAUCAAAGGUAAUAGCUAUGCAAAGGAGUGGUUAUUGUGAUUUUCAUUUCUGACUUAAACACUAUGUCAAAGUUUGCAAAUAAAGUUAUUAGCAGCCUUCUUA